CAUCGGGGGUAAAUUAACUGAAAACUAUUUUAUUAAAAUUUUCAUAUUUCGUAUCGUCUGAGACCUUGAUUUUCUCCAUAUAAAUAAGUGUCGUAAGUUAUCCUUCUGGGUUGCCCAAUAUCUGAGUUCAACCAACACAUAUUUGCAGUGCAAAGGCCUGGAAAAUAUAGCCUUUUCCCAUUGUCAAUAGGCUGUUUCCCAUAACAAAAUGCGGCCCACGGAAGCUACCCAUGGUGCUCCUAAAAGAUCAACGAGCAAUAUAGAUGACAAUAAAGAUUUAAAGGAUGCAUACAUUCGUUAUCUGCCCUUGUACAAAGCUGUGGAUAGUGGUGAUUUGGAAGCUACCAAGAAAUUCCUCGACCAGCACCCAAGUGCAUUGUCCGGUAGCCUUUCCGCUGAUGGCGACACAGCUCUUCACAUUGCGGUCCUAGCGGGACAUGUAGAGAUAGUUGAGGAGUUGGUGGGGCACAUGUCUGCACAAGAAAUAGCAGUUAAACAGAAAUUUGGUUCAACAGCCCUUAAUUUUGCUGCCGUUGGAGGAGUAACAGAGAUUGCAGAGUUAUUGCUGAAAAAGAAUAGAGAGUUGCUUACCAUUACAAAUGAAUAUGACCAGAUCCCUCUGGUUGUGGCUGCUCUCUAUGGGCAUAGGGAUUUGGUACAGUAUCUUUACGAGGAGACUCCCAAGGAAGAGCUUGAUCCAACUAAUAAAAAUCAUGGAGCCCUUCUUCUCACUGCUUGUAUUAUCGAUGAAUUUUACGAUAUUGCUUUGGAUCUAGUCCAGCGCUAUUCACAAUUGGCAAUUGCUGAAGACACAGAUGGAGACACUGCCCUGCGUAUUUUGGCUCAAAAACCAUCUGCAUUUUCAAGUGGAACUCAACUUGAAACUUGGCAAUGGUGGAUAUAUAAAUGUAUUCAUAUACAUCCACAUAAUGCCUCUCUCAACAAUUCGGGAGAUAUUGAAAAACCUCAUGAAGGUCCAACUCAUCCAAAAAAUUUGACUAAACGAGCACUUCACCUACUAUCGCAAAUAUUCUGGAAAUGCUUAACACUUUCUGUCCCAGGAGUCACAAGCAUAUAUGAGUUGAAGUUGAAGCAUGUUCAAGCCAAAGAACUGUUAACUUGUGUUUGCCGAGAGGUAUCAACUCUAGAAGAUGAGAACAGAGUGCAAUCUCUGGUAAAGAAACCACUAUUUGACGCAGUUAAGAACGGAUUAGUUGAGUUUGUCACAGAUCUCAUGAAACAUUAUCCUGAGGUGCUUUGGCUCUAUGAUGACAAGGAACGGAAUAUAUUUUUUGUUGCAGCCGCUGAACGCCAAGAAAAGAUUUUCAGCCUUAUAUAUAAAAUGGGCGCAAAGAAAAACUAUAUGGCAACUCAUUGGGAUAAGGAUUCUAACAACAUGUUACACCAGGCAGCUUUCUUAGCUCCUUCCUCUCAGCUUGAUCGUGUUUCAGGUGCAGCUCUGCAGAUGCAAAGGGAGCUUCAAUGGUUUAAGGAAGUGGAGAGUGUUGUACAACCCAAGUACAGGGAGAUGGUCAACAACCAUUUCAAAACACCCCGAGCUUUGUUCACGGACCAACAUAAAAAAUUAGUAGAACAAGGGGAGCAAUGGACCAAGGAAACUGCUGAAUCUUGCACGGUUGUUACUGCACUAAUCGUCACCAUUAUGUUUUCAGCAGUGUUUACAGCGCCUGGAGGAUAUGAUGAAGCAGGGGUCCCGCUCUAUUUGCAUCGAAGUUCCUUCUUGAUUUUCAUCAUAUCUGAUGCAUUAUCACUUUUCACUUCCACAACUUCUUUGCUGAUGUUCUUAGGAAUCCUGACAUCCCGAUAUAGAGAAGAAGACUUCCUCAAGGAUGUGCCUACAAAAUUGAUGAUAGGGCUUUCCAUGCUUUUCUUCUCCUUAGCAACCAUGAUGAUAGCCUUUGGAGUUGCCCUGUUCAUCGUUCUCCAUGAAAGAAUCGCAUGGGUUUCAUUUCCAAUUAUUUUGCUUGCUAGUCUUCCAGUUACCCUUUUCGCCUUGUUGCAAUUCCCUCUCCUUGUUGAGAUUUUCUUUUCCACUUAUGGGCCUGGCAUCUUUGACAAGCCGAAGAAGCCCUGGUUUAGAUCAGGUUCUACCCGUUGCGUACGUUAGCUCGUUACGGCUGCAUCCAAUACUACUGCCAAAGCAACAGGGUUUAAUUUGGUCUUGUGCUCUUAUUCUCAAUCUGAUGUUCUACAUAUUCUGUUAAAGCAUGCUUUGCUUUCCUUUUUAUUAAAGGGACAUAUUUUGCUCCAGAAUAUAUAUGUUUCGGAUUAGAAUUGGCUGAGAAUGCAUUCACCAAAAUUUCGUAAUACGUAAUAUAUACAUAAACUCAAGUUUGAAAAGACUAAUUCCAUUUUAUUAAA